GUGGGUAUUGAAUCUCUUAUUCUUCGCCUAUGGAGUGCUUGACGCUAACUGGAUUCUUGAAACAUGUGGCUGAAAAGUACCCUAGUCAUCAUGCGAUUUCCGUUUCCGGCAGGUUCGAUAUCACUCAUGCACGCCUUCAACAACUCGUUGAACGUGCCGCUUCUCAGAUUGUAGCUGCCGGUGUAAAGCCUGGCGAUGUCGUCGCUCUCACUUUCCCCAACACAAUCGAGUUCGUGAUCAUGUUUUUAGCUGUAAUUCGAGCUCGAGCUACCGCAGCGCCACUGAAUUCAGCGUACAUGGCAGAAGAAUUCGAGUUUUAUUUAUCUGAUUCAGAAUCGAAACUCUUAUUAACUGCAAAAGAAGGAAACGAAGCAGCUCAAGCUGCUGCCUCCAAGCUAAAAAUCCCUCGUAUUAGUGUAACUCUCUCUCAACCCGAGUCUGAUGUCGCUUUCUCCCCUGCUCCACCCGAAUCGGACCUUGAAUCGAUGUCCAAAAUCGUUAACGAACCAUCAGAUGUUGGACUUUUCCUUCAUACAUCAGGCACCACUAGCAGGCCAAAAGGUGUUCCUCUGGCUCAGCUGAAUUUGUUGUCUUCAGUAAACAAUAUCAAAUCGGUGUACAAACUGAGUGACACGGAUUCUACUGUGAUUGUGUUGCCGUUGUUUCACGUUCACGGGUUAAUUGCGGGGUUACUGAGCUCACUUGGAGCCGGAGCAGCCGUGACACUUCCAGCUGCAGGGAGAUUUUCAGCUUCGACUUUUUGGUCAGACAUGAAAAAAUACAACGCAACAUGGUACACAGCUGUGCCUACUAUUCACCAAAUUCUAUUGGAUCGUCACCUCAGCAAACCCGAAUCGGAUUACCCAAAGCUUCGGUUCAUUCGGAGCUGUAGUGCAGCACUGGCUCCAUCAGUGAUGGCGCGGCUAGAAGAAGCAUUCGCGGCUCCUGUUUUGGAGGCGUAUGCAAUGACUGAGGCAACCCAUUUGAUGGCUUCGAACCCCUUACCCGAGGAUGGCCCACAUAUUCCCGGGUCAGUUGGGAAACCCGUGGGUCAAGAGAUGGGCAUUUUGAAUGAGAAUGGGGAGUUACAAGGGCCUAAUGCUAAAGGGGAAGUUUGUAUAAGGGGUCCAAAUGUGACAAAGGGAUACAAGAACAAUCCAGAGGCAAAUAAAUCAGCUUUCCAGUUUGGUUGGUUUCACACUGGAGAUGUGGGGUAUUUGGACUCUGAUGGAUACUUGCAUUUGGUUGGAAGAAUCAAGGAGUUGAUCAACCGCGGAGGGGAGAAAAUAUCACCUAUUGAAUUGGAUGCAGUCCUAGUUUCUCAUCCAGAAAUUGCUCAGGCUGUUGCUUUUGGAGUCCCUGACGACAAGUAUGGUGAAGAGAUAAACUGUGCAGUUAUUCCAAGAGAAGGGUCAAACAUCGAUGAAGCAGAGGUGCUGAGAUUUUGCAAGAAGAAUUUGGCAGCCUUUAAGGUCCCAAAGAAGGUCUUCAUGACUGAUUCUCUUCCAAAAACUGCAUCAGGAAAAAUUCAACGCCGACUCGUUGCAGAGCACUUCCUUGCACAGAUUUCAACUGCUAAAGUCCCCAAGUUUGGAGCAUAGAAAAAUUGUUGGCUAUCUACGAUUCCUUCUCCUAUUAACAAUAAUAAAAAUGUGCUUUUCGAUAUUACUUACGUACCAUACUACUUGGUCAAGAAAUCGGGACACGAGAAUAUAUCAGUGCCUCUAGAUUUUCAGUAAUGGCGCAAGUAUAUUCUCUUAUAGUCUUUUCAGGGUAGAUAUUUUGUAUUUCUCUACUUAGUAUUGCAAAGGUUCUUUUAUUUGUAAGUUGUGAAUGCCUUGGACAAAUGAAUGAAAGUGCAGUUUGUAAGGCCCUUAUUUAA